GCGCACGCGCAGACAGAGAGCUCGUGCCGACGAGCAGCGACGAGGAGCUGGGGCCGUUAAUUAACGCGUACGUAGGCUAAUACCCCCACACCAAGACCCCGCACGCCUCCGUACGGCUACUCCCGCGUACGGUAAUGCGUCCUGUCCUCGGUGUAAUGUGCCCGGUAAGGAGGAGUGUGUGAGGGGAGAGCAGAAUGGGAGGGCGGCCGCUCCGUGCUCUCCCUUCCCAUCCGUCUCUCCGUCUCCGGGACGCCGCCGCAGAGCGCCCGCCGAUGCCUGUCCUCCUCUCCGCCGCCCAGUUACACUCACCUCCGGGUAAUUGUCCGACUUAGUCAUUACAUAACUCGGCGUUAACCGUGUCGCUCGCUUUGUCGACUUAAUUUCUCCCCUCUCCCCAAAAAAAAAAAAACAACCCAAAAAAGGCCAGGAGAGGGAGAGCCACAUCUUGUUUGGACUGGGCUGCCUUUGCUGUCGUGGACUCAAGGACCAUAAGGGUGGAAACCUGAGAUCGGCGGUGAUGAGAGAGGAUUUCACUGGUGUUCUUCCAGAAGCAUCUGGAAAGGAUAACACGGGGAUACACUCCCCCCUCCAAAGGACCAGAGGAUCGUUCACAUCUCAGACAUUUUAGUGUUUUUAGCUUUGAGUGAUGUCUUCUAGCUUGUGUUUUUAAGUGAAAUUGGUUUAAAAUCACUGGCACUUAUACUCUCUGACUGCUGUGAGUGGCACAAUUUGGGCUCAUAACAAGAUUUCCUCUUUGCACCAGUGGUUUUGGACAUGUUGGAUAGCUGGUGCGUUCAAUAAGUGAUUAAAGGACCAGUACCACCAGUACAGAUCAGUUAUCCUGCACGGUUUCCUCGUAGCUAUGCAGUGAGGAUGUGUGCAGCCAGGUUCAGUGGCUGCCUCAAUGGCUGUGCCGAGGAGGCCGCUGGUGGUGGUGCCACAGCGGGGGCUGCCGGUCCGGUCACUGCCUCCAGGAUGCUGGACUGGACAGAGGCCGGUCCUCGCAUCCUCCACAGCCUGGAGAUGGGGACGGUGAUGACCGUCUUCUACCAGAAGAAGUCCCAGCGGCCCGAGAGGAGAACUUUCCAGAUAAAGCAGGACACGCGGCAGAUAGUGUGGAGCCGAAGCCCUGACAAACUAGAAGGAGAGAUCGACAUAGGAGAGAUUCGGGAGCUGCGGUUGGGGAAGGGCUCCCGUGAUUUUGAGCGCUAUCCGGAGGAAGCCCGGAAGCUGGACUCCGCCCACUGCUUCAUCGUGCUCUACGGCCUGGAGUUUCGCCUCAGGACACUCAGUGUGGCUGCCUUCAGCGAGGAGGAGGUCAACAUGUGGAUCACUGGUCUCAACUGGCUGAUGGUCGACACUCAGAGAGCUCCCGCACCACAACAGAUAGACAGGUGGCUGAGGAAACAGUUUGAAGUCAUGGACCGGAGCCACGAGGGCAGCAUCACAGUGAAGGAUGUGAAAGCUCUGCUGCCUCAGGUCAACUACAGAGUCCCCAACAUGCGCUUUCUCAAAGACAAGCUGCAGGAGGUGGAGGCCAGGAGCGAGCUGUCGUACCCCAACUUCUCGCAGCUCUACAGAACGCUGAUGUUUGACGCACAGAAAAGCAUUAUUGAGCAGCUGGAGCUCUCCUUCCCUCUGCGGAAUGUGGACAGACCGGAGCUUUGUCAGAUCUCCCUCUACGACUUCCAGAAGUUUUUACAGAUGGACCAGAAGGAGUCGUGGGCGUCGGAUCUGAGUCGUGUCAGAGAGUUCCUCACCGGGUACAUGAGGGGGGGGCCGCAGCCUGAGCCCAUGCUGCAACUGGAUGAGUUCCUUACGUUCCUGUUCUCUAAAGAGAACUCUGUGUCUGACCCUCGGCUCUCAGCUGUUGUUGCUGAGGACAUGAAAAGGCCUCUGUCUCAGUACUGGAUCUCCUCUUCACACAACACCUAUCUGACAGGUGACCAGUUUUCCAGUGAAUCAUCUCUAGAAGCCUACGCCCGCUGCCUCCGGAUGGGCUGCCGCUGCAUUGAACUGGACUGCUGGGACGGACCUGACGACCUGCCGAUCAUCUACCACGGCCACACGUUAACCUCCAAGAUCAAAUUCCUGGAUGUGCUGCACACCAUCAAAGAGCACGCCUUCGUCACAUCGGAGUAUCCUGUGAUCUUGUCCAUCGAGGACCACUGCAGCGUGGUCCAGCAGAGGAACAUGGCCACGCACUUUAAGAAGGUGUUUGGAGAUCUGCUGCUCACCAAGCCCGUCGAUAACAACGCCGAGGAGCUUCCCUCGCCCUACCAGCUCCGCAGGAAGAUCCUCAUCAAGCACAAGAAACUGGUGGAAGGCACGCUCUAUGAAGAGGUGACUUCAGCCAGCUACUCUGAAAACGACAUCAGCAACUCUCUGAAGAACGGCAUCCUUUACCUGGAAGACCCCAUCGACCACACGUGGACUCCACACUAUUUUGUCCUGACCAGUAAUAAGAUUUACUACUCGGAGGAGACAUCUCACUACCAGACAGCUGAAGAAGAGGAGGACGAGGAAGGAAAAGAGGAGUGUAACAACAACGAGCAGCACUGCGUGGAGCGCUGGUUCCACGGGAAGCUGGGCGGAGGCCGCGACGGCCGACAGGUGGCCGAGAAGCUCCUGCAGGAGUACUGCGAGGGCGGGGCCAAAGACGGCACCUUCCUGGUCCGGGAGAGUGAGACGUUUGUCGGGGACUACACCCUCUCGUUCUGGCGCUCCGGUCGAGUCCAGCACUGCAGGAUCCAUUCACGCCAGGAGUCCGGCUCCACGCGCUUCUACCUGACCGACAACCUGCUGUUCGACAGCCUCUACCGCCUCAUCUGCCACUACCGAGACACGCCGCUGCGCUGCAACGAGUUUGAGAUGAGGCUGGGCAGCCCCGUGCCUCAGCCCAACGCCCACGAGAGCCGAGACUUUGUGUUCUCCAGGUGGUACCACUCCAGUCUGUCCCGUGUUCAGGCUGAACACAUGCUGAUGCGCGUCCCCCGAGACGGAGCUUUCUUGGUGCGAAAACGCAGCGAACACAACUCCUACGCCAUCUCCUUCAGGGCGGAGGGGAAGAUCAAACACUGUCGUAUCCAGCAGGAGGGCCGUCUCUUCAUGUUGGGCAGCUCGGCGGAGUUUGAAAGUCUCGUCGAUCUCGUCAGCUACUACGAGAAGCAACCUCUGUACCGCAAGAUGAGGCUCCGCUACCCCAUCAACGAGGACACUCUGGACCGCAUGGGUACCACGGAGCUUGACUACGGGGCGCUGUAUGAGGUCCGCACGCCUCACUUCUACGUGGAGGCCAAUAAGAUGCCCUCUGCUCGGUGUACGGUCAAAGCUCUGUACGACUAUCGAGCUCAGAGGGAAGACGAGCUCUGUUUCCCCAAACAGGCGCUCAUCCUCAACGUGGAUAAGCAGGAGGGCGGCUGGUGGCGAGGUGACUACGGAGGGAAGAAACAGCUGUGGUUUCCUGCAAACUAUGUGGACGAGGUUCCCAGUUCUCCCACCACAGAGCUGGAUGAAGCGUCUACAGAGAACAGUCCUCUUGGAACAUUCCUCAAGGGCUUCAUUGAUGUACCCACCUGCCAUGUCGUGGUGCAUAAGGACGGGAAGAAUUCUCGUCCCUAUGUGUUCACCAUCCACUCCCAGCAGCUGUCGUCUCACCCGGUUCAGACUCUGGACGUUGCAGCCGACAGUCUGGAGGACGUAACCAGCUGGGUCGCCAAGAUCAGAGAGGCCGCACAGAACGCCGACGCACGGAUGCAGGAGGAGAAGCAAAUGGAGAGGAGGAAGAAGAUCGCGGUGGAGCUGUCCGAGCUCGUGGUCUACUGCAGACCUGUCCCCUUCAACGAGGACAAGAUCGGGACAGAGAGGGCAUGUUACCGCGACAUGUCCUCCUUCCCAGAGACAAAGGCCGAGAAGUUUGCAACCCGCAGCCGAGGGAAACGCUUCCUGCAGUACAACCGCCGUCAGCUUUCCAGAGUUUAUCCCCGGGGACAGAGGCUGGACUCGUCCAACUACGACCCGCUGCCCAUGUGGCUCUGUGGCUCCCAGCUGGUCGCUCUCAAUUUCCAGACCCCAGAUAAACCCAUGCAGCUGAACCAGGCCUUGUUCAUGCUCGGAGGCGCCAGCGGCUUCGUUCCCCAGCCUGAUGUCAUGAGGGACGACGCCUUUGACCCUUUCGAUAAGGACACCUUACACGUGGAGCCAAUCACCAUCCAGUUACAGGUUCUGGGGGCCCGUCAUCUGCCUAAAAAUGGCCGCAGCAUCGUCUGUCCCUUUGUGGAAGUGGAGAUCUACGGCGCGGAUUACGACAGCUGCAAGUGCAAGACAGAUGUCGUAGCUGAUAACGGUCUGAAUCCUGUGUGGGUGCAGAAGCAGUUUGUGUUUGACAUCCACAACCCCACCUUCACCUUUCUGCGCUUCACUGUCUACGAGGAGGACAUGUUCAGUGAUCCAAACUUCCUGGCACAGGCCACCUACCCCGUCCGCCUGCUACGAACAGGCUACAGGAGCAUCCCUCUGAAGAACAGCUACAGUGAAGAGCUGGAACUGGCAUCACUUCUGGUCCAUCUAGAGAUCGUCAAUGCAAAGGAGGAAGAUGAUGAGAACUUGUACAUGUCCAUCCAGCGGCUGCGGGAUCGAACCAGCGAGCUGUCCGACCAGGUUUCCCUCCUGGAGAGGUCGGGCUCGGGGGAUCUCAGCUACCAGCAGAGUCUGGAGGAGCUGCGAGCGGCUCAGGACCAGCUCAGCGAGCUGGUGGAGGCUCGAAACCGCAGGCUGAUGGAGAAGAAGAGGAGGGAGAAGCUAAGGCAGCAGGUGGCAGCAAAGCGCAGCUAGCCCUCCGACACAAACCGUGCCCGACACACACUGCCACCGGAGCUGUGCAGCGACAGCCUGGGAAGACCACGGGCUCUCCACAGCAGCAACAUCAGCAGCAAUCCGUUUAUAACUGGAAAUAAAGACAUGUUCUUUCACAAAAUAAUGUGAGACUUUAUAGCACCACGCUGGACUAACAGCAGAACAAAAAAAAAGACUAAAACUAAGACCUCACUACGUUAUAAAAACAAUCAUGGACUUGUGGCUGAAACACAUUAAGAGCUAACUGGAGACGGGUUUCUUCUGAUAUUUUCAUGAAAACGAUACAGACAGAAGAGUGGAAUUUCAUGACUAGGGCUAAAAUAAUGAGUUAUGAGUAAUGAGUAAUUUUGCUUGAAAAAUGACCAGAUCGACUAAUGGAUUACAUUAGUCGAUCUGGUCAUUUUUCAAGCAAAAUUACAAACAUUUGCUGUCUAGGCCUAGAUAAUCAUAAAUAAUUUAGUGGUUUUGGACUGUUGAUCAGAAAGAAAAAGCUAUUUGAAGACGCCACCUUGAGCUUUAGGAAAUAUUGACGGCCAUCUUUCACUACUUUCCAACAUUAACGAGUAAUGAAGAUGAUCAUUUGUUGCCGUUCUAAUUGUGAUGGCUAGGUCUGGUAGUCUUAGACACUUAAUGUAGUCAAUGUCAGCCAUUUAUCAUACAUUUGCAGCUGGCCAACUGCCACUACAACAAAAAGUCAAAAAUAAAGAUUUAAAAUCACCCGUAAAUUUUUACAACAAAAUAUUAAUACUGCAAAAAUAAUGAUUAAAAGAAAAAGAUUGAUCUCUUUGAUGAUUAGGCCUGGCUGCUUCUUGACACCUUUAGAAACUGGAAGGUUUUAGUGUAGAUGUAUAUAUAACGUGCCACAAAACUGAACUAAAAUCAACAGAUGCUUUUGGAAAUUAAAUUUGAAGCUCAUCAAGUUCGCCCUUACUGUGUUUUGGUCUUUAGUUUUAAAAAAGGAUUUAAAAGGGAGAAGAAAACUCAGGUUAAAUGAACGGACGGAAUUAAAAAAAAAUGUAUGAAGGUGGAAAAAGGGAGCAGUGGGCACGUGUAGCAAAAAAGUUAAUAUGUAUGUGCCUUUGAUGUAUUGCGCUUUGUAGAGUAUAAUUACUCUAGUGUUUAACAAAGAAAACUUUCUCUACAACUGGAAUAGUAAAACUACUAACAAACUGGAGGAGGAAUCCAUUCGUUUGGCUCGGACCACUACUCAUGAAAUGGGUUUACAGGGAUUUUAAGACUGGAGUCGGUUCCUUCUAAUCAAGACCAAGUGUUUUCUGGGGGGUGAUCACAUGAACUCGGACCCCAGGUGGCAAGGGGCUCCUGACACAGACGUUCCAGUUCUACCCGGGAGACCACAAACUGGACAACAACAAAAUCCUCACCAAACCACACAGAGAAGAUCUUUUCAAACGUCUUCAAAAAAGGGCUCUAAAUAUAUCUGUACUACCUACUGAGAGGCACGAGAACAGCAGGCGGGUGGGAGAGGAAGACCACAAUCGUCACAGCGCCCCUGGUCAUCAGUUGUGUUGGUCACAGUCGAAUACACACACACCACAAACAAGGGCUAUCACAGAAAACUAGCGAAUCUUUUACUUCUUCUAAAAACAUGACCAGGAUCAGUUCCCAUCAUCUGGCUCUAAUAAACAGAUGUGGCUCAACUGGUCCUGGAUUUGCCAAAAAAAAUAAAAAACGCUUCAAUCCGACCCACUGCAUGGCUUCAUAUCUAGUAACGCCCCCUCCCAACCUCCCCCUAUUUUGCUACUUCACCUUUCCAUCAUCCCCAUAUCUAAUUUCUCAUUGUAUAUAACUUAUUUAUCAUCCAUAGAUCCUGUCUUAAUAGAUACAAGACCAUACUAGGAGAAUGAUAAUGGACUUCAGCUAGAAGAUACUGUAACUUCAUGUAGAAAUUAUUAAUAUUGUGUCCCUUUAAAUGUCCCCAUAGACACAAACCUCUCCCUUUAGCCCCACGCUGCAGUUGCACUGGGUGGGGAGGACUUCUAUGCAAAAGGUCUUCUUCUUGGUCUUUAGCUAUUGUGUAUGAAGCGAUUUGACUCAAGUUAUGUUUUUUCUCUGUAUCUAUGCCAACUGUCCAGUAUUAUUACUCUGCAUUACAAAUCAUGUGCAAGUUUCCAUUUAAUAAAAUUCUUUUGUGGA